GUGGAGUCCUGUCCUGCUCACUGAAUCCACUCCAGUGCUUCAGGGCAGCCAUCAUAGUUCACUAUUGUGUGCGGCUGAGGGAAGAAGAAAAAAGAGGAGGGAGCAGGGGAGGGAAAGAAAACCUGUCUCUUUGUGUAGGAAGGACUCAGCAGGAAAGUCAUUUUAUAAUUAUUUGAGUUUGCCGGCAAAACAAGGCUCUCUCUCCCCUGACCUGCAACAACAUUUUGUCUACUGUCCGCCUCUGCUGACUUACACCAGAGCCACAUAUAAGUGUGCUUCUCAGGCCGGCAAAACAGCGACACCCGGGCUUCUCCUGAUGAUGAGAGCCGACGUCAGACUGGUUUCCAUGAAUAUUGAUGUGGAGGAUAGUCUGUUUCAUAGAAGAACAGAAGGAGGCAAGAUGGCUGCCCUUUAGGAUUUGUUAAAGAGGAGAUCCAGACGGUUUGUUGGAAUUUCUACAAAGUGGAGGGACAUAAAAAGGACGGACAGAGGGCAGCCCUGUGGAUGGACUCUGAGCAGGCCAGAUGGAAACAGAACAGACCAGACAUGAGAAGGAAGAAAGUCUGAUAUUAGCACAAUUUGGCACAUCUCGCAACAUCUCUCACAAACUCCAGAAUGGAGGCCAGUCUUCAGAGGGAGAUUCUCUGCAGAUCACUGGGGAUACAAACUGGAACCAUUACAAGCCCAGCGCGGUUGUCAACUCCAUGAAGAGGCACAGGGAGAACAGCAACAGUCCUGCUUCAGUACAUGGGCUGUUUGAUCAGGGAUCCUACGUGAUGAAUGGAGAAUUGAUGAAUGGAGAGUUAAAGCAUGCACUUGUUGACCAGUCCUUACUGGUCCAACAGCCCAAGAAAUUUAAAGUAGAUUCUGAGAUUAAAAGAAAUGAUGACAUGAGCUCCAGUUUGGUGGAUAGCUUUCCUGAGAUGACAAAGGCAACAGAGUUUGAAUGCAAUACCCCACAGACAGAGAUUAAGUUAGACAAGAGGAACUGUAAUUAUUCUAAUGGAGAUAUUUUCUGUCUACCAAGGAAUAAACAAGUUUCGAUUCCAAACGGUGCUGUAUCACCCCCCUCAACCAUAGAAAGCACUCCAGGUGAUCUUUUAGAGAAAACCUUGUCUCAGUAUUAUCCUGAGCAAGUGUUAAUCACACCACAAACAUCUGGCCCACAGCUAGAUGCUGUUAAUGGUUCACUGGCAAAUACGCUGUCCAGUGAAGGUGCUCAACCCCCCUCUUUAACCUCAGGAUUGCCCAAUUCAGGUCAGAUGCCCGACUCACAGCAACAGCAGCCUGGGGCAUUGGGCAAUGUUGAAGGAGGCAACAAUUAUAACUCAGUCAACUAUGUAGUGAAUGGAUACUCAAACAAUUUUAAAGCAGACCACCAGCAGCAACAGCAUCAGCAGCGGCCGCCAUCUUACUCUGGUCAGGAGCUGACUCUAGGUCAGCUGCCUGGCAUGAUCUCACCUACAAAUACUGCCAAUAGCUCACAACAACAUCAAAAUGGGCCACGGUGCUAUCCAGAGGACACAAAUCCUCAAGAUAUAUAUGCGAAGGCCAACCAAGAGUUUAACCAGAACUCUUUUCUGGAGCGCAAUGCUCCUCUACAGGCAGCAAAGACAGGUGGAUAUGGACCCUUUCUCAACUCUGGGAUACAAAGUGAAGAAACCAGGUCUGGUCAGCAUCAGCGCCAUGGCACUGACAGAGGCCACCAUUAUGGUCUUCAACCCCAGACCUUUAAACAAAAUGCUGGCAACUCACAUGGAGCUGACAGUACAAGACCCAUGGGGCCCAGUCCCCAGCAGCCAUGUCAUGGGUUAGAAAACGGGAUGGAGAACACAUCUCAGCAGAGAGCCAACUUGCCAGGUUCGACUUCCCACCAGAGAGGCUGGGUAGAGCUGAAUUCUUCACAUUCCCAGCAGCAACCAGCGAGUGGCCCGUCAUCCCAGGCACAAGAGCAGGACAUGUGGAGGGGCUUCCCUGCUAAGCCGCAGUCAGAGCAGCAGGCAGCUAACCCCCAGGUUCACUGCCAAAUGUUGGAGCCAAAUCCAGCGCAAAGAUUCCAGAAACAGGCAGGUUUCACAGAUAGCAGCCAGGGGUCUAAGAGCUUCCAGCAGCAACAGCAGGACUGUCUCCCAGCCCAAACACACUGUGCUCCAGCCCAGCACAACACUGCCCCUGAGUGGCAGUCAAAUUUGAAAGCACCUCAAAUGCGGCAGCCUCUACCCCAGAAAAUGCCUGAGCAGCAUAAUUUCCGCCAAGAUCAGCAGGCAGACAGCCGCUACCACACCCACAUGCAGACAGAGCACUUAUGUGAAGACCCUGACCUGCAGGAUAUACUGUCUCCUGGGUUUUUACCAUCACAGCAACAGCAGCAACAAGAGCACUGUCAUCUUCAACGUCCACUGUCCCAUCCACCGCAAUUUGAGGGGCAGCAACUCAAGUCUCCUGAUUACAGACCUCGCAGUCAGCCAAGUCAGCAGCAGCUUCAACCCAGUCAGCCUCUUACUAACAAUUCUGCUCAAUCCAACAACCAACACACCCAGCACAGUGACCAUGCAACAUUCAGUUACAAUAACACAACAGAGAUGCAACAGCUUCAACAACUUCAAAGGCAGUUUCCACCAAACUCAGGCAGCAGUAACCUCAAGCAAUUUCAACCACAGCGGCCUAACAACCACAGUCACCAGCCCAACCAUUCAGACUUCUCCCAGACCUCUACACACUCACAACCUCACUUACCACAAGCCGCGUUAAACCAACAGGUAUCAACACAGAUGUAUCAUGAGGCUGAACAGCAGCUGAAGACAUCAUGCACUCAGUUCCAAAGAGGACCUCGACUACCUCCGCCACCUGUGGGUCCCCAUGCAGCCCUGCGUAUGCACCUGUUACAAAGGAAGGAGCGCCAGGGCCCUCCUCAUCCCCUUCAGAGCACUAGUGACCCCAAACAUGGCCUGAGAGCUGUGAAAAUGGAAAACGGACCCAGAUUUGAGCUGCCUUGUUCACAGCAGCAGGAGCAGCAGUUACAGAUGCAAGAGGCAGGCAUAGGUGGAGUGCACGUCAAGCAGGAGAAUCAACCAUCCUUGUGCGAGCGAAGGCAGGGGCAGGGAAACAUCUUGGCCUCCAUGGAACAAAGCCUGAGGCAGUACCAGCUUUCACCUGUAUUUGACAAGAAAUCCCUUGUCGUCAAUUCUUUAAAUAAAGUCAAGGUGGAAUCUUCUGGGCCUGUCACAAUUCUGUCAACCAACACUGACCUAUCCAGAGUGGAAUCAUCAGCAGCUGCUCCAGCCGCUGUAGCUAAAAAAAACCCACCUGAUUCCACCCCUAAGAAGGAACACCUCCUACAAAACUUUAUGGACUCUCCUAUGAAGCUAUUGGAUACCCCUAUAAAGAAUCUACUGGACACACCCAUGAAAACACAGUAUGACAUUGCAUCCUGCCACUGUGUUGAACAAAUCAGUGAGAAGGAUGAAGGCCCAUACUACACUCACUUGGGGUCAGCGCCGACUGUUGCAGGUAUACGGGAGAGGAUGGAGAAAAGGUCUGGUCUGAUUGGUCCCGCCAUCAGGAUUGAGAAAGUAAUAUACACCGGCAAGGAAGGAAAAAGUACACAAGGGUGCCCCAUAGCUAAAUGGGUGAUUCGUCGAUCCAGCGUGGAAGAAAAGCUACUGGUGUUGGUGCGGGAACGCACUGGUCACAAAUGUGAGACCGCCUGCAUCAUUGUAGUAAUCCUGGUCUGGGAGGGCAUCCUGCCCAGCUUGGCUGACCAACUCUACAGUGAGCUACGUGAAACUCUAACAAAGCAUGGAGCCCUCACCCAGAGACGAUGUGCUAUCAAUGAGGAGAGGACCUGUGCAUGCCAAGGGUUAAAUCCUGACAACUGUGGAGCCUCUUUCUCCUUUGGCUGCUCCUGGAGCAUGUACUACAACGGCUGCAAGUUUGCCCGGAGCAAAAUCCCAAGAAAAUUCAGACUACUAGGAGAUGAUAUGAAAGAGGAAGAAAAACUGGAGCACAACUUUCAAAAUCUAGCAACCUUAUUGGGUCCCUUGUAUAAAACAUUGGCACCUGACGCUUAUGGAAACCAGGUAGAACAUGAACACAGAGCAACAGAUUGUCGCCUGGGGCUCAAGGAGGGGCGUCCCUUCUCUGGGGUCACUGCCUGUCUGGACUUCUGUGCCCACGCUCACAGAGACCUCCACAACAUGCAGGGAGGCAGCACUGUGGUGUGUACAUUAACAAGUGAGGAUAACCGAGAUAUUGCAAAGAUACCAGAGGAUGAGCAGCUCCAUGUACUGCCUCUUUAUAAGGCUUCCAACACUGAUGAAUUUGGCAGUGAGGAGGGUCAGCAGGAGAAAAUCAAGACAGGCGCCAUCCAAGUCCUCAGUGCCUUCCGUCGUCAGGUGCGCAUGCUUGCAGAGCCCGCCAAGUCUUGCCGGCAAAAAAAGCUAGAUGCUAAGAAGGCAGCCGCCAACAAGAAUGCCAUGCUGGACAAUGAAAGGGCAGAGAAGGCCCUCCUGGCCAAGUCAAAAGCUGGCACUUAUGAGAAUACCGCUCAGAGCACUCCUAUGGCAGGACCUAUUCCAGGUGCUGUGGGAGCAAUCCUACAGUCAGGUCAGCCAACACACCCCCUUGGGGCCCAUCAUCAGCAACUACAGCAACAACAGCACCAGAACAUUCUUUCUCCUUAUCCUGGCUCAACUAAUUUAGCCAGCUACCCCAGGUUCCCCAACCACCCUGGUUCUUUUCCAAGCACUUCCAAGCCAAGCACCAUGUAUCCCCCUCAGCCACUAAUAACAGCCAGCCCUUACUCCUCCCCACUCCAUGUACCAAACUCUUACAUUAAUGGAUCAAAUCGUCCAUACCCAGGUUAUCAGUGUAACGGAGGAAUGCCCCUUGACAGUUACCAUGCAUACUGUGCUUCAAACCAAAAGCACCUGGACAUGUAUCGACAACAGCGGCCUGCACUUUACUCAGAGCAGCAGUACGGUGUACAUCCACGUUAUGAGGUCAGUUAUACGCCAAGGUAUGGUGAGCCAGGUUUACAGGUCAAUGGUUACAAUGCCUGCAGCAUGAGGCCAGUAAACCCUAUGAGACCUUACUCCCCUUAUGGUCCUAAUGGAGCAUCAGACCCACAGUUUAUGGACCCCCUCUCAAGAGCACCCUCAGCUCAUGGAGGUCUAGACUAUACAGCUGCUGUGAGCAAAGGCAAUCAGUUUGGAGGAUACCCAAAUCCAUACCUGAGGAGCCCUCAAAUCUUAGCCUCAGGCGAAGAUCCUUUGCAUAUGCAAAUCAAGACAGAGAUGGCCAUGCCCCGCCCACAGAUGAUUUCUGCUCAGUUAAGUGGCGGGUGUUUAAACCCUGAAACACAGUCAAUGUUAGGUAUGCCUAAUGGGAGCCUCAUGAGCUCUGGUAUUAAGCAGGAGCCUGGAACACCACAGACACCCACAACCCCUCAAAAGCCUGAGGUGUGGUCAGACAAUGAGCACAACUUCUUGGACCCCGACAUUGGUGGUGUGGCAGUGGCACCGAGCCACGGCUCAGUCCUUAUUGAGUGUGCAAAACGGGAGCUCCAUGCCACAACCCCCGUUAAAAACCCAGACCGCAACCAUCCAACACGCAUCUCCUUGGUCUUCUACCAGCACAAAAAUAUGAAUGAGGCCAAGCAUGGUUUGGCACUGUGGGAAGCCAAAAUGGCAGAGAAGGCUCGAGAGAAGGAGGAAGAUGCAGAGAGGAAUGGUGGCGAGGGGACACCUAGCAAGGGCAAGAAGGGGGCGAAGCGUGAGCAUCCAGAGUCAUCAGAAACCACCGGGGAGCCUCCUUACAAGCGUUUUAUCCAGGCACUAAUGGAGGGAUCCUUGUCGUGCACAACAAACACCUAUGUCAAUACAUCUCCAUACGCCUUCACCAAGGUCACAGGGCCUUACAGUCAGUUUGUGUAAAAAAAAAAACACUCAUUAAGAAGAAAAUUCAAGGUGCUUUAUUUAUGACAAAGACAAAUGGUCUUGUCUAAACACUCCUUCCUGUCCCUAAGGUUAGCAACAGUGUAGCGUUGAAAAAGGAACCUGUGAUCAGAUGAGAUACAAAUACCCUUUCACAUCAGGUCUUUCACCUCUUUAACAAUCAAUCUUUACUUGUUGACCCUCCUAAGGAUGUAUUUAUUUUUGUUUGGCAACUUUUGCAAGAUACACACUGUCAAAAUCUCUGGUGCUUUCAGUCUGAUACACAAGGACCUAUUUUUAAUGGAAACAGUUUAAUUUUUUUUUUCUUUUUACAAAAUUGUACUCUUGGCAUAAAACACUGACUUUGUAAAUGACAACAUUCACGGUGCUAAAGUGUGUGCUUAUUACCAUUUAUUUGAAUUAAAAUGCCUUCACACUAUGACCAUAACUCACUCUACGAGUGACACUGAAUGACUUAUGUCAACAGGACACUGAAAAUAUCAUUGCACGAUCAAAUUAUCAGCAUAAUGGUUUUAGGCAAGUCAGUGUUUUAGAGCACUUUUUGAUAAAGAGAAUCUUUUGGUAAUACCUUUUAAAUCAGAAAAAAAAUGGUUAUACUCUAUUGCUACAUUGACAGUAAUUAACUUCUAAGCAUCACUAAAAUUAAAUUGAUGAAUUUACAAAAGAGGAUUUGAGCAAAUCCAUGAAACUGUUUUGAGUUCAUGCAAAAAGAUGUUUUUAGACUAUCUUUGUGUUGGUGCUUCUUUCACUUUUCUAUGUAAUUUAUACUGUAAAUGGAGCCAUUCUUAUGGUGCAUUUUUAACAUUGAUGAAAAAAGUCUGUUAUUUCAGUUUUUUCCAGGUUUACUUCGUUGUCAUCAACUGUUUUUAAUGUUCCUUACUUUAGGUUCAUUGAUCAAACCUGGACUGUGAAUAUUACAUGUAGUUGUAUGUUUGUGGUGCUUAGGAAAUGUGCUUUUUAUACACUGAGGAACAUGAAACAGGGUAGGCUCAGUGUCAGUUUCAGAGGGCAGCUGGCUUGCUGAUAAACAGGUGAGAUUUGUACAGUAAAUUAAUUUCACUUUUUCGAAUUACUGUUAUAGAUUGUGUUGUAAAGAAUGCUUAUGCUAUUUCAUUGCAUUUCUUUGGGUUUCAACUGAUUUUAUGUCAUAAGGUGCUAUCCAACCUACUAGAAACAUACAAUGUGAGACUCGUUGGGCAGUGAGAAGGCUUUUAAAUAAUGUACAGUACAAACCUGUCAUAUACCUCAAAACUAGUUUGGCAAUAGGAACAUAUUUUCCUUUCUUCCUUUGUAUAUUACUUGCAAAAUGUUAACAGGUCAACUCCUGGCCAACAAAAGGAAUAAGAGUUCAUUACUUACUUUCUUAUCAAUCUGCGAGAAAGUAUUACUUGAACUUUAAUCUUUGAUGUUACAGUAAAAUCAGGGACAUUUUCAACUAAUUCUGUGUUCAUUGCCUGUAUUCAUCUGGUCUUUUUCUUAUUCAGGUACUUGCCAUUGCAUCCUGAAUCUGAUUCUUGUCUACUCUACUUCACAAAGAGAAAAAUAUUUUGUGAGGAAAAAAAUAUUUUCCUGCAGUUUUUUACUCCUAUUUUAGCUAGUGGGAUGGUGGUAAUCUUUUAAAAGUAAUUUGAACAUAUAUGCACUGAGUUGACUAAAGGGAAAGUAUGAUGUUGACUAAGUAAAAAGUAAUGUUUUUGCUUUUGCUAUGAGGCAAGACCAGGGCAAUGAUUAAUGUAGUUGCACAUCUUUGUGCCUGUGUAUAGUUAAAUUUAUUUAUAACCACUAAGCAAUUGUAUAAUGAUUUUUCUUCCCUAUCUAUUUGAUUGAAUUAAUGCGAUAUAUAGUGGAAUGACUGUCAUGUUAUAGCAACGUACCCCACUCUUCAACAUACUCAUUUUCUGAAAGCACUUCAUUUCUUUUUCAGGAAAAAAAUAUGGAAUAAAAGAAUUACAAAACAUUUUAUUUAAACAGAUUGUAAAUGUGUUAAAAAAAAAAAUUAUGUCAAUUUGUACAUACCAAGAACUUGUAUUGCAGGAAUACAACUCAUUCUUUGAUGUUGAUGUAGGUUCUUCUUUUUCUGUUAAAUUGACCCACAGCUCCUCUAUCAGCAAUCCUCAUCAUAUCUUUAAAUAUUCUUUAGGUUCUUUCAGGUCAACAGAAUGAUCAUGGUUAAAUUAUCCAGGAAGUCUGUAAAUGUAUGCUCACUGUUUACAGUUAUAGUAUCCUGUUCGCUCAGACAUUAGAAGUUCUAGUUUUUUUAACUGUUCCAAUUUUGUAAAGAGAAUCUACAUAAAAUGUUGAAUUUCAUUGUACAGAACCCAGCUACAGUAGCAGGUUGUUGAUGAGAAAGCCAAGGUGUCUAAGAUAAUAUAGCGGGUUAAAAGCAUAGCCAUACUUGAAGAUGCUUCAGAGUGUUUCUGAGUGAGUCAACAUAACUUGAAUAACUUUCUGGGCUUAACUAGUGUGCUAUAUGUGCUCAACUCGAAGGUUAAGCUAGCACUUGGUCUUUUUUGCAGUUAGACACUAAGGGUAUAAAAAAAGUGCAACUUUUUGCCUGUCAUUUUAUUUUUUAAGGCUUCCCUUGUUCUCCUGAAGUUCGGUAUGCUACAAAAAAAUGGAAAUUAAGGAUGGGGAAUACUGUAAGUAUUGUAAUGUAACGAAUGCCGUUUAUUUGAAAGCUGUGUAUAAUAUCAUUCCUGAUAUUGCUGAGAUGUGGGUGUUUUUUUAAUAAAAUGUAUAUUUAUUUAAAUCAA